AUGACUCAUAAUUAAUUUAUUUUUCAGGAGAACCAACAUGAAGAGAUAUUUCCAUAUUCGAAAUUCAAGAGUCGGAUAUUGGAGGAUGCUUCCAUUAUGUGCAAUAGUUGGUCGCCUAGGCAUAACGGUGACCUCUUCUCCGGACUGAAUGAUGGUCUCAUCAGCAGGGCGGAAGCAUUGGCAGCGGUCGACAUCAAACAUCAGGGAUCUGGGGGACCAGGUGGACUGCCACAACUUAAGCACGAUAUGAUGUACCACCACACCAUGGGCGCACCACCCCCUGUUAGCAGACCGCAUCAGAUGGGCCACAUGGACGGUCUGGAGAUGCUCGACCCCAUAUCCACCUCCUCGAUGACGACGCUCACGCCAAUGUCUGAAACUCCAUCCCAUAUGCAUUCCUACGGCAUGAACCACAUGAUGAAUCACCAUCACCACGGCGGUCCUCUUUCGGCCCACAGUGCGCCCGGCCAUCAUCCGGGACACCACGGAGGUCACCCUGGGGCACACCAUCCGGCCAUGGCCGCCGCGGCGGCUGCAGCAGCCGUUGCAGGCUUACAUCCCGACGCCGACACCGAUCCCAGGGAACUGGAGGCCUUUGCCGAAAGGUUUGUAGAAAUAUUCAAGCAGAGAAGGAUAAAACUGGGAGUGACCCAAGCCGACGUUGGAAAGGCCUUGGCUAACCUCAAACUUCCAGGGGUGGGAGCCUUGUCGCAAUCAACGAUAUGUCGAUUCGAAUCCCUAACCCUGUCCCACAACAACAUGAUAGCGCUCAAACCAAUCCUUCAAGCGUGGCUGGAAGAAGCGGAGGCUCAAGCCAAGAAUAAGAGAAGAGACCCCGAUGCUCCUAGCGUUCUACCGGCCGGAGAAAAGAAGAGAAAACGAACUUCUAUAGCGGCACCGGAGAAGAGAAGCCUCGAGGCCUACUUCGCCGUCCAACCGCGACCGUCUGGCGAAAAAAUCGCCGCCAUCGCCGAAAAAUUGGACUUGAAGAAGAACGUGGUGCGCGUAUGGUUUUGCAACCAGAGACAGAAGCAGAAACGAAUGAAGUUCGCCGCGCAACACUGACCAGACGUCAACUUCGGUUACUCGGUGAAUUAGCCAUAGGGAAAAAUUAUAUUUUGUGAUCAUCAUGUGAAUUGUUGUGGUCCAACCACUCUGUGGUUCGAGGAGGGAAGACGUUGAGCAUUUGAAAACAGAAAUCGGAAAAGUUUAAUUUGAAAUUAAAACAAUUUUCGUCAGUCUGAGUAACCUUAGAGAAAAUCAAAACAGUCAAUUGCAACUGCAAACAAACUUGUUUGAAAAAUUCUUCAAGACUGAGCAGGUAGGUGGCGCUGUUGUGCCAUGAUUGCAC